AUGGCUCAGAGCAGAUAUGUUCACAUUGAUAUGAUGGUGUACCUGCAGGUGACUCACCUGCCGGUGUCGUUUCUCACCUCCUAUCUGGUUUUAUAUUUCUUUCCAGUCCUGGACUGUUUUUGCUACUGCUCAGUGGUCUGCGAUCUGGUAAGUACAGCUGUUGCAGAUAACCCAAAGGAAGAAGUCCAGGGGAUUGUGGGCAGCACCGUUAAACUCAACUGUGUUUAUGGUGAAGGAAGUAAUUUUGAUCUAAGUGACUUUUAUGUUUAUUGGCAACUCGAGGAAAAAACUGUGGCCUCUCAGAAGGUGGUCAAAGAGGUGGCUUCCUAUGUGCCCGGGAAGAGCUCCCCAGACAAUGAAAAUAACCAUUACCGACAUCGGGCCCACCUGUCGCUGGAGAGUAUGGAGCAAGGCGAUUUCUCUCUGUAUUUACACAACAUCACCCCACAGGAUGAGCAGACGUUUCACUGUCGUGUGAUCAGGAAGUCCUUGCACUUAAAUAACGUUUUGCAUGUUGAAGUCACAUUGCAUGUGGCAGCCAACUACAGCAUGCCCGUCGUCAGCAGCCCCACCAGGCCCACUGAGGACGAGGUGGUCACCUUCACGUGCAGGUCCACAAAUGGCUACCCGGUCCCUAAAGUGUACUGGAUCAACCAGACAGACAACAGCCUGCUCGACGAGGCGCUGCAGAACAGCACCGUGUACAAGAACGAGCAGAAUUUAUACGACGUGGUCAGCACCCUGAGCAUCCGGUGGACCCCCAACCUGAACGUGCAGUGCUGCAUCGAGAACGCUCUGCUGCACCAAAACCUGACUGUCAGCAGCAGCCAGAUUGGCGAAGCCCCAGAGACUUCCUCUGAAUACAUAGACAGGAUCACAGAUUAUCCAAACAACCCCUCCCCGGAGACGCACACGGCCAUGUUUAUCAUCUUUGGAAUCCUGGCCGUGACUGUGGCCAUGGCUGCUGGCUGGUUCUGUACCCAGGGUGACCCGCCAGAACUCAGACUCACAGACCUCACCACUCCCUGCGUUCUAACCCCCGACUUCCUGGGAAUCUGA